AAGGCUCCGGCUUGUACCUGCAAGUGAGACACCCUGUCCUUGAUCUUGGUCCGGAUGCUCUUCUUCGCUUGGCCAUCAUGGAAUACGAGGUUUACACAGGAGUAUCUUUUGCCAAGCCAAAGGUACAUCGAAGGACAAUGAAAGCUUAUCAGGUAGCAGGGAUCCAAGCAACCCAUGGCUCACAGCCUCGCUAGUCAAUUAUCAGCCUGGUCAUCGUCAUCACCCCGCCUGCCGUUCUGGGCUAAGCUGCGUACUGCCAGCAGAAUGACACACCGCCUGCUCUCACAAGUCUGCCUGAGGCUGUUAUCAUUGCUCUUGAAGCUAGAUCAAAUGGCAGUACAACAGGAGCCAGUAAUUCUUGCUAGAGUCAGAUCUGACUCACAAAUAUCGUCCAAUCUCGUGGAUAAGAUGACCAUUGCAUCCGGAAGACCCACAACAACGUCAUUCCAACAGGUGAGUGGGUUAGGUUCUCAAAUGGAGACCAAAGAUCUGCGUUUGACUGGAAGGAGCCCGAGUCGCUUGUGAAUGAAAGAUGACAUUGAGCAUGUCCUUUGUCAUCGCGCAAUAAUAGACUACCAAUUGUCUA